AUGUUAGCAUUUUUUGUUAUACAAAAUCGAGUCUGUUACAUUCCAUUUCUUUUAGAUUUUGAUCAUUCAUCUAUUAUGUCUGUGGUGCCAAACAAUCGUAGUCAAUUAAAUACCGCAACAAGUCGAGCACUUAAUCGUAUAGCGAAUACCUACAUUCACAGCGAUUCAAUCAAUGAGGCAAGUCCAACACGUGCUCCUGCAGGUGAUGACCACGAGCAGUCUUCCACAUGGAUUGAUUCAUUAGCUCAACUUGAUCGUCUAUUUUCCGGUGGUCUACUUCGUUUCUGCUAUAAUCUCAUUGAUAUUGUUCUUCUGUCUCUUGGUCUUCACUAUGUUUUUAUCUGGCCACUGGCAUUUCUUGUUCGUUGUCGUGGCUUGGCAUUUGGAACUUGUCUUGCACAAUAUUUACCGGCACCAAUUACUGUUCCACUUGUCGAAAUGCUUCGAGAAAGACUACCGGAUAAUCCUGGUGCGACCAAUCCAAAUCCUCCGGUAUCACCAGAUACUAUUGAGACCUUACCCAAAGUUGUUUUUGAUCCAGUAUCUGAUGAAUUCAAUCAAACUCAAUGGUCAUUCCAUUUGCCGAACGGAUUAUCCGGUCAAUGA